AUGUGCUUCUGUGCUGAUGCUCGAUGCUCAACGAAGUUCAUUGAUGAAUUAAAGCAGUUCGUCACUAUGUUCAAAAAACGGCGAAUUGAGCUCGGGCUAACGCAACGUGAUGUUGGAAAAGCUAUUCCUGCUACAUCAAAGUUUUCCCAAACGACUAUAUCUCGCUUCGAGAGUCGAGCACUUUCACUUAAGAAUAUGUGCAAAAUGAGAGCGUUCCUCAGCUACUGGCUUAGUACCGUCGACGAAACCGUCAAGGAAACAUCGGCGCCCCAAUCAGCGGAGCUCCAUUCACGCAAACCUCGUAGAUCAAGAACACGUUUCCAGAAAAGUGCGCAAGCAAAGAUGGAGCAGCACUUUGCCAAGGAACGUUGGCCAAAUCCACCAACUCUAGCACAGCUAGCAGACGAGUUGAAACUCGACUUCGAGGUGGUACGAGUGUGGUUUUGCAACCGACGGCAAAAGUUCAAACGUGAACGGGAAAUGGCAACGGCUCCUUUACCUGAAAUUGCCUUUGUCACUUCGAACCCAGCGCUCGAAGAGCAUGGAUUCUCGAGAACUCUAUCCUACUCUGAUCCUUACCCGUUGGAAGAACUUUGCGCCACUUCGGAAUUCGUUCCUUUCCAAUAA